AUGGUUGUGCCUUGUUUAUCACCUGAAAAACACCAAAAAACACCAAAAAAACGAGCAAAACUCAGAAAUCAAACGAAAAAAUGCGAUUGUUUCGGUUCCUUUGGUUUUGCAGAAGCCCACACGAGCCCCGGCGUUGGAUUUUGUCUUUUUGGGAACAUCAUUAUUAUUAUCAUCAUCGUCGCCAUGGUCACUGUCUCUGUCAAUCAUCAGUACGACCACAUCAUACCUCACCCUGGGCGACAACAUCAUCACCAUCAGUCAUUGCUACAAUCUGCUGUUAGCCAAAUCAUACCAGCAAGCAUGACUGUCUGGUCUAUUCCAUUGGUUUGCCUUGGGGAAAGCAACCGAUCGGACCAUCACAUCGUUGAUCGAUCAAUCAAGCGCUACACGUGCACGAUCAGCAUCUCAAUCCUGGAUCCUGUCUUUUCUGGCGGAAAGCAGCAUGGAACUCGAGACAGUCUGUCUGCAGCUCUCAAUCACCUGCGGUACACUCUACCACUUAUCAUUAUCGGCAUAUCAUUACCGACUAUUCUUAUGGUCAUCCUUACCGAUUAUUCUUACCGAUUAUCAUUAUCGGCAUCAUUAUGGCUCUGCUAUCCUACUUGCAUCCACGUCGUCUGUGACAGCGACAGCUCAAUCAAACCAACAAGAGCACCACUCCCUACAUCACACUGCUUCACCGAGGCAUCUCACAAUGCAUUCUUACCGGUUAUUCUUACCGCGCAUCCUUACAAUCAUCAUUAUCGGCAUCAUUACGGCUAUGCUAUCAUUACACUAGCAUCCACGUCGGUUGUGACAACGACUGUGGGAAAAGUCCGACCAUGUCUUGCCAUCUACAAAUGA